GAGAGAGAGAGAGAGAGAGAGAGAUGGUGAAGAAAUUUGAAGGAACAGCAAAGAAAGUUUCCAUUUUGAUGCUUGUUUUUUACUGUAUGCAAUGUGAGUCCAUGUCACUUGCCAAUGCCAUCACCUACCACUGAUAAUUCCAUGCCUUGUUAUUAACCCCAUCACACCAUUUCCCUCUUCUCAGAGUUUCAUGUGCCUCUUCUUCUCUUCUCCAAUUCCCUCCAACAAGUGCCCCUCUUUCUGUUUGUAAAGUGAGUGUGAGGAGGGGGGAAUGUGAUGCUCUGAGAAGGUUCAUUUUUGAGAUUGAAAACACAAACCCAUUGGCACUGUUGACCAAACCCAGAAUCCAAAAUCACGUUUUGACAAUGGGGUUGAGCUGGGUAUGUGCCAAUGCGUUCACAUACAAGAGAAAUUUUAGUGCAUAAGAGAUCUAGUGUUUGAGUUGAUUCAGGGUCUGAAAAGAGGCUGUGGAGAAAUCUGUGAAGAUUUAGGCUGUGGAAAGCAGUGAAAUGGCGUCUGAUCUGAGUUCAGGGUUGUCUAAGAAAACAUCUGUUUUUGGGUUGCAAGCAUGGGAAUUAAUGGGGAUAAUAGUUGGCUUGUUCAUUAUAAUCAUUCUUGUGGUGCUAUCAAUAUGUCUUACUUCGAGGAAGAAAUCAAGAAGAGUAAAUGGCAUGCUUCCCCUUAGCCGUAUGUUAUCCGUUUCAGACGAGAUCAAGGAGAUUAGAGUUGAUCAAGUUUCAGCAAAUAAUCAUCCUCAGAAUGGCGCUUUUAUGAGUCUGUAUGACAGGUUUAGUGACAGGGAGUCUGAAAAGGUUUUGAUCCAAGCAAAGAAUGGAGAAAAUAGCAGUCAAUCAGGCUCAUUUGUUCAUCUUAAGAAAGAUGAUGGUGGCUCUCAAUCCGGUGAAGAAAGUGGUGCUAAGUCUGUUUCUACUUAUUGGUCGUCUUCACAUCCUAUAACUGCUCCAUCCCCCUUGUCUGGUCUGCCUGAAUUCUCUCACCUUGGCUGGGGACACUGGUUUACAUUAAGGGACCUAGAACUUGCAACAAACAGGUUUUCGAAAGACAAUGUUAUUGGUGAAGGAGGAUAUGGAGUUGUUUAUCAAGGCCAUCUAAUCAAUGGGAGUCCUGUGGCUGUUAAGAAGCUACUCAAUAAUCUUGGACAAGCUGAAAAGGAAUUUAGGGUGGAAGUUGAGGCUAUUGGUCAUGUGCGGCACAAAAAUUUGGUUCGACUUUUGGGCUAUUGCAUUGAAGGCACUCACAGGUUGUUGGUUUACGAAUAUGUUAACAAUGGCAAUUUAGAGCAAUGGCUUCAUGGAGCAAUGCGGCAGUAUGGUUUUCUUACAUGGGAUGCUCGGAUUAAAAUUCUUCUUGGAACAGCUAAAGCGCUGGCUUACUUGCAUGAGGCAAUUGAGCCAAAAGUUGUACAUCGAGAUAUUAAAUCCAGCAAUAUUCUAAUUGAUGACGAUUUCAAUGCCAAAAUAUCUGAUUUUGGGUUGGCUAAGUUACUGGGUGCUGGAAAAAGUCAUAUUACAACUCGAGUUAUGGGUACUUUUGGAUAUGUGGCUCCAGAGUAUGCCAAUUCUGGCUUACUAAAUGAGAAGAGUGAUGUUUAUAGCUUUGGGGUAUUGCUCCUGGAAGCAAUUACUGGAAGAGACCCAGUGGAUUAUAGCCGACCAGCAGCUGAGGUAAAUUUGGUUGAUUGGCUCAAGAUGAUGGUAGGGAAUAGGCGUGCAGAAGAGGUGGUGGAUCCUAACAUUGAGACCAGGCCAUCAACAAGUGCCCUUAAACGAGCCCUUUUGACUGCUUUGAGGUGUGUUGAUCCAGAUGCUGAGAAAAGACCAAAGAUGAGUCAAGUUGUUCGCAUGCUCGAAUCGGAGGAAUAUCCCAUACCCCGAGAGGAUCGAAGACGGCGAAAGAGUCAGGCUGGAAAUAUGGAGCUGGAGGCCCAGAAGGAGACAUCUGAUACGGAUAAGAGUGACAAUCCAGAUUCUAAGUCCCAUGGCAGAAGGAACCAAAGAAAGUAGAGCCAUGCUUCUCAAGCUAAAAGUACCAAUUCCAGGAUGAGAUACACUCUUGAAGGGGUGAUUUUUGCAUUCUUUUGUGCUUCUGAGUUUGGAUCACAGCUACAUUUGACAUCAAAGACAUGGAAAAGGAAGGAGAUACUUUGGAAUGGUUUAUAUAAUAUACCUAUUUGUUGUUAUAGCAUAGAUGUAGAUGUUAGGAUGUAGAUUAUUGUGUAUUAAUAUGGGAUUAAACAAAUCCCUUUCACUAGUGUGUACAGUUCAUUGCUAUUCAUACAUUCCCUUUGUCUUUUUGUUUGUUUCAUCACUCAUUAGGAUCUUGGAGGAAUUUGGUGUUUCCUUGUGUAAGAUGAUAAGAAAAUUUUACCUAAGCGUGAAAGACACAGAAGAUGUGCUUAUUGUC